CACAGUACCUCGUUCCCUACCUUGCAGAGCACUUGCAAGCACCCAGCCAUCGCCAUGUACAAGUUGUUCGCAAUCCUCGCCCUGGUGGCCGCAGUCAGUGCAGCCCCUGCACCUGCACCUGGAAUCCUGGCAGCUCCUGCAGUUGCGGUACCAGCUGUUUCAGCUGUUGCUGCACCAAUUGUCACAGCUUCCAGCAGCCAGUACGUCGCCAGGAACUACAACACCCUUGCUGCUGCUCCUCUCGCCUAUGCUGCACCCAUCGCUGCAGCUGCACCCCUGGCGUACAGCAAACCCAUCAUUGCACCUGCAUACGGCGCCUAUGCUGCAUAUGCCGCCCCCUCUUACUACAUCUGAUCGAAUCGACCCUGAC